AUGGACGACGACAUGGACUUCGACCCUGGCACUCCUCAGCCGCCUAGCUUCGAACAGCCACAGCAACCACCACCGCAGAUGAAUGUGCCGAUGCAGGAUGAUGGAAGAAAGAUGCUCGACUUGGUGUUCGUACAGGACUGCACAGGGAGCCAAGGGAGCUACAUUGCAUCCGCGACACGGAACAUCGAGGAAAUCUGCAACCACAUAUACGAAUCAGGCAAGCUGCAGUCUCACGAAGACCUUCGCAUCGGACUCGUCGCGUUCCGCGACCACCCGCCACAGGACCACACCUACGUGACCAAGAACUUUGGGUUCUCUUCUGACAUAUCCCAGGUGCAUAGGGAUCUAUCGAGUUUGUAUGCAUCGGGAGGAGGCGAUGGUCCGGAGGCGGUCACUGCGGCGUUAGCGGAGGCUCUGAAGAUGGACUGGCGGCCGAACGCGAGCAAGAUGAUUGUGCUCAUAGCGGAUGCACCUCCACAUGGGAUUGGAGAGUACGGUGAUGGGUUCGACGAGGGAUCUCCCGACGGCAACGAUCCGUUGCAGCUGGCUCGGAUAAUGGCCAGUCGUGGAAUCACAUUGCACUUUGUCGCCUGUGAGCCGGCGCUGAGCGGCUAUUCAUAUGCAACGGAUUUCUACCAAGCGAUCACCAACAUCACCUCCGGACUCAUGCUUCCUCUGACAACGGCGGACCUGCUCACGCAUGCAAUUGUCGGCAGCGUGCUCGAGAACCUAGACAUGGAGCGGCUCGUCCGCGAGGUCGGUGCUGCAGUAUCCCAGAGGAUACUGGGUAACAACGAAAGCGUUGACGACGUUGCUCGGGAGCUCCAUGAACGACUAUUACUCCGGAACGAGAGCACAAAGCGGGUUGUCAUCGAGAGUAUAUACCGCGACUCGGAGGAGGCCAAGCAUAACGUAAAUGUCUACAUGCAGGCACCAAGCCUUGCGGAUGCUCGCCCGCUGCUCAAAAGGGUGGCUGGUACCCGUUUUACGGACAAGUACCUCCACGCACGUAUGACGACAUCGCGCGGGUCGUACGCAUACAGUCCGUAUCUUCCCCCGCGACCCGGUACUUCAACUGCUACAACGCCAGCGAAGUCUCCGGCAGCUGCUUCCACCGCGUCUUCGCUGACGCCACGAAAGGUCGUCACGGAUUUCGCCGCUUUCGGUGCCCCGGCGAAUGCCAGCGUGUUCGGCACGGCGGUGGCGUCGACACCGUUUUCUCUUGCGGGCGGCAAAGCGGCGUUUGGUGGGCUGCGGAGCAACGGGCGGACCUCCAUGUUUGACGACGACGAAGAGGAGGAGGACGAUGGACGGCAGCGCAUCGAACUGCGCGAGGAUUCUAUCACCCUAGAUCAGGCGAGACGCAUUGCUAUGCAGAGCGCAUGGAGAAGCGCUCGAGUAUGA